AUGGCACCACCACCUUCAUCCUCUCAUCAUGCAAAGACUCUUCUCUCACUCUAUCAACAAUUAAGACAAGCCAUUGAUGAAGAAGAUGAAGAGGUUAUUCAUUCGACUCUUGAAAAGUUACUCUCCGAUAAGAAUCAAUCCUCCUCCUCCUCCAACAAUGAAUUAAAACAAUGUAAAACCAUUAAUCUCAUUCAAAGAGGAGAAUUUCAAAAAGCAUUAGACUCUAUUGGUAAUAAUAAUUUAUCUUUGAAAACCUCUCUUCAAAAGAUUUAUUGUUUGUAUCGUUUGAAUCGAAGUGAAGAGGCUUUGAAAGAAAUUUCAAAUUUAGAACAAUCCAACAACAAGAACCACCUUUCUGAUCAUACUUUAUUGUUACAUUUGAAGGCUCAAAUUUACUAUCGAAUGGGAUGUUACAAUGAAUCUUCACAAAUCUAUGAAUCCAUUCUUCAAAAAGAAUAUCCCAAUGCUUCUUCGAAUCAUACCAUUGACAAUGAUGAAUUACUCACCAAUAUGAGUGCCUCUUUCACCAUGAAUGGUAAUUACCAACGAGGUAUUUCAAUUACCAAACAAUCCGAUCACAAUACUCAUGAAUUGGCUUACAAUGCAGCAUGUGCAUCGAUUGGAUUAAAAGAUUAUGAACAAGCAGCCAAGUAUUUGGAAUUUUCAAAGAAAUUAUGUAAAGAUGAUCCAAAUGAAUUAACAUCCAUUAUGGUUCAAUUAGCAUUUGUGAGAUAUUUGAAUGGACAAGUAGAAGAAUCUAAAAAUAUGUUUGAACAUGUUUUUAAUCAUUCAUCCAAAGAUAGUGUAGCAUGUGCUGUUGCAGCAAAUAAUUUAGUUGCUAUUCAAUCCAAUCCAUCAUUGAAUCCAUCACUUACAUCUAAUGAUGUUUUAGAUGCUCAAAAGAAAUUGAAAUAUGCCUAUCAAGAUAAAUUACAAGGAAAGUUAACAACUCAACAAAUUAAGGGUGUGACUUUGAACAAUGCUCUCUUAUUACUUCAAAUGAACAAGUAUGAAGAAUGUGAGAGAGUUGUACAAACAGAAUUGAAAAAGUUAUAUCAAGAAGAAUUCAUUCCAACAUUGAUUCUUUCUUACAUUUACUUGAAACAAAAGAAAUUUAAAGAAUCAAUUCAAGUAUUAGAAGAAUAUUUAAAACAAUCCACCACAUUUGUGGACAAAUCCAGUUUGGAUGGUGGUAUUGCACAAUUAGCUCUUGCUCAAUAUUAUUUACAACAAGGAACACCUGAAUUCUACAAGGAAUGUAUUCAAGUAUUGAAUCAAUCUAAAUUUAGAAAUCAGAAAGGAGUGGAAAGUUUAUUAAUUGCUCUCUAUAUGAAACUUGAAGAUAUGGAUUCUGCUUUGGAUCUUUUCCAGAAAUCAUUUUUGAAAUAUUCCAGUGGUGGUGAUGGUGGUGGUGAUGAUGAGAGUAGUAGUAGUAGUGGGACUACUACCUCCUCUAGUAACAACACCAUCAGCACUACCCAAACCACUUGGAUGGUUGAGAUGGCUACUGAAUUGGCUCGAUUACAAAUGGCACACAAGAAAUACAAGGAAGCAGCCUCUACCUAUGAAAUGCUUACUAAAAUGGAACCAAACCAUAUUCAACAUUUAGCAGGUCUUAUUGAUGCCAUGUCCUAUUAUGACAUUGAUGCUGCUGAGAAAUUUGCCAAGAAUUUACCACACAUCACCACCACUAGUGGUGAAUCAUCAUUGAAUAUAGAAGCAUUGGAAAAGACAAGUGCAGUGAGCAUGUUCACAUCAUCAUCUGCCAACAACAAGACGAGUGAUCAUUCAGUCAUGAUUCCAUCCAUUUCAUCAUCCAACCAACAACAUGGCACUAGUUCUGACGCUACUACCAAUACUACUUCAAAAAGACAAUCCAAUGCUCUUCAAAGAGCAGAUGAAAAGAAGAAACAACAACGAAAAAAGAGAAGAAACAAAUUACCAAUUGGAAUUGCACAUCAUGAUACUCUAUCGAAAGAAUUUAAAUCGAGAUGGGAAUCUAAAAAGAAACAAGUGGUCAAAACUGGAACUGGAUUUGGUCAUCAAGGAUCAUCCGAUGUAGAGGCUCAGAAAGCAAUUUCACACAAGAAGGGACAAAAGACUCUACUCACACCUGAACAAGCUUUGGGAUUGAAGAGUAGUGGUGGUGCUGGUGGUGCUGGUGGUGCUGGUGGUACUAGUGCUGGAAAGAAAAAGUCAAAGAAAAAGUAA